AUUUGAGUGAUAUAUUCUUGCUUGAAAAAUUAAUAUUUUGAUUGAUUUAAAGAAAUACAUUGAAGACUCCGCCCAAUAUGUUUUGAAUAGGGUACCAGCACCUUCAUCUUCCAUAUCAUGCGUUUUUGUGCUGCCAUUUAUUAACCCAGCUCUCUUUCUCUUUCUCUUUCCAUUACACCACUCCAAACUCCAAACAUACAUCAAAUCAGGUACAACAAUGGCGGUUCAAGCUCAAUGUUCAUCAAAUAUUCUCCUUCUUAACAGAACCAUGUCCAUACAAGAAGGGAAAGCUACCCAAAAUGGAAAUAAGUAUCCUUUGCCACCACAAUCAGGUGGCGGAGUUGGUUGUGGUGGUGGAGUAGGGACUAAUAAUGAUCAUCAAUCUCUCAACCACACCUUAUUCAACAAUUUUCCAGUCGGGAAUUAUACUACGAAUCAAAGAAAAAGAGGAAGAGAAGAUGUUAUGAAUUAUUAUAUGUCUAAUAUCCAUCAACAACAAUCUCAUGGUCAUGGCAAUCAACUCAUGGAUGUUUCCCAAAUUGAUCAAUCACGAAAUAUUGAUGUAUCUACUGGACUCCGACUGGCUUUCAAUGACCACCACCAUCAACAACACUCCUUUUCUCCUCAAUCCUCUGGUUUUGUAUCCGUGUUUUCAGAAGACCUAUCCAACCUAAUUAACCAACAACGAGAUGAAAUCGACAAUUAUCUUCAAUCCCAGGGAGAAGAGUUCAGGCGGAAUUUAGCAGAGAAGAGGCAAAGGCACUACACUUCUCUGAUCGGGGCGGCGAAGGAUUCAGCAUCGCGGAUGAUAAAGGACAAGGAGGCGGUGGCAGAGAAAGCCUUUCGGCGGAACGCCGAACUGGAGGCUCGAGCAUCGCAACUUAGCGCGGAAGCGAACGUUUGGCAGGCGAAGGCGAGGGCACAGGAGGCGGUCGCGGCGGCGUUGCAGGCACAGCUGCAGCAAGCAAUUGUUACCGGCGUAGGAGGGUGUGUGUCACAAGGUGAGGAGGUGGCGGCGGGUGAUGCGGAGGAUGCCGAGUCGUCGUACAUUGACCCAGAACGAGUCGUGGUGGUGAGUGGACCCGGAUGUAAGGCGUGCGGAAAACGGAUCGCAUCGGUGGUGCUGUUGCCGUGUCGGCAUCUGUGCGUCUGUACAGAGUGUGACGACGUCGUUCAGUCGUGCCCUUUGUGUCUUUCCUUCAGAAGCUCUAGCAUUGAAGUUUACAUGUCAUGAUGGGACCUGAAGAGAUCCUAAUUCUGAAAAAAGGGUAAAACUGGAAUUUAUUAUAACAGUUGGAAAUCUUGAAAAAAGAAAUUCCAAAAUGUGAGGAAAAUAUUAAACAUAUAUAGAGCGCAAAGAAUAUCUAAAAUUCUAAAUAUUAACAAUAAUUCAAUUGCCUUUUUUUUAAUUUUUUUUAAUUUUUUUGCCAUUUUUUAGGAUUUUCUUAUUUUGCUUCCUCUUCCCUAUUCUUUCGUUACUUUUUUACUGUUUUUUUAUUUAAUUUCGUUGGUUUAUUAUUCUUUUUUUUGGUGUAAUUGUAUUUUAAGAUGCUCAUUUUAGCGUGUAUUAUUGGUAACUUUAUAUGAGGAUUUUUUUUAAAUCGAAAAAAAAUUAAAUGGACCCUUUUGUUAUUAAACUAUGGUGUUUAGAUUAUCUGAAAUAUUAUAAUUUGUGAACUAAUAACUAUUCAGUAAUAUACUAAUAUAUCUGAAUUAGAUGUAUCAUUGUUA